AUGGAAUGGAAGAAAUUGGCUUUUGAAGCCACUACGGAUCGAGGAGAAGAAGAAGCCGAAGCCUACACGAACCCGUUAGCCAAUCAUCCUACGUAUGAUAAACCCGACCGAAUUUUGACACACUCAAAACGGAAAUCAGACGACAUCAAGGAUUCUGCAGAGAUCGCCCUACUAUCCGACUUUAAUGGUGACUCUAACGAGGAGUUACAGCACGAACGUACGAGUGGAAAGAAUAACGAAGAUAAGGAUGAUAGAUCGACCUUUAGAUCGUGUGCGGUCAACGUAGUGCGGAAGACGCCAGAACAUUCGGGUGAAGAGGACAUGGUUGCAGAGGAGGCUAUGACACCGAAAGACAACCAUGAGAUAACUGAUCCGCUACAAAGACAGUCCAAUUGUCACCCAGACGGGAUCAAGGUUGAAUAUCGGGAGGUGCAUGGCCAGUCUACACGACUGGAUGACGACUUGAAAGCCGUUACGAUCGACGGCGAAGUAAUGGAAAAUGAUGUACCGGGUGAAUUAACAUACUACCACGAGGGAGGUGAACUGUUCGCGGAAGAUGUGGAUCAACACAUGGCUGUGCUGCCGGAGGUAACCAUAUCCAAGACCGCAAUAACAAUAGGCGGUGUCCAGGUUAACGAUCCUGGAAUAUUCUUGACAGAGGAUCAAGAGGAAGUGCGAAGACUGAUAUGGAAUAGACGUCACCUGUUGAUCGGGAAAGGAAAUUCAUUACCCCCUGCAGCACGCGAAACCGUUUGUGAUAUUGAUGUGGGAGAGGCGAGCCCGAUCGCUCAGCGUGUACGACCUGUUGCGCCAAAGUUUUGUGAGAAGUUGGCCGAUCUGAUAAAAGUCCUGUUGUUAGCCAAGAUUAUCCGACCUUCGACAUCGCCGUGGGCAUUACCCGUAGUCGUGAUUAUUAAGAAAAAUGGAGAAGAUCUUUAA